GAAAACGAUUUGAAGGUAAACAAAAACAAACUUUGAAAAUUGGCCCUCGAAAGUCGCGCCUGAAGGCCGCGUACGCGAGUUUAGUUUUCCUUUUCGUGGUUCCAAUGAGUGCUGUUCCAUCCGAAUCUGGUAACAGUUCAGUAUGUUCGAAGAUGGCCAUCGAUUCGCUGCUGCUGGACGCAAUUCCUAAUCUGAAACAGUUGCUGGAGAGCGCCUGGGCUAGGGCAUAUGCCCAGGAGGGCCUGUUUCGGUACCGGUUGGAUGUGGAGCUGGAACGGAUGACCACCGGCCGGUUUCGGUUCUUGCUUCAGUUGAACCGUAAGCGGACGACCGAACGUCGAAAGCCGGAUGUGAUCGAUGGCUUGAGACCCAACUUUGAUCCCAGUCGAUUCAACUUUACAAAGGUUGCUUCGGGAGAAAUUUUACUGGAACUUAUGGUAGGGGAAAGCGUAGUUUCGCUGCUCAUUAACAACAGUCCCUUAACGGAGAACCACGUGCUAAUUGUUCCGGACCGAGUGAGCUGUUUGCCACAAAUUCUCACCGAAUCCAGCUUGAACUCUGUUAUUCGAAUCCUGGUAGCCCUGGGGGAUCCAAACUAUUCCAUCGGCUACAACAGUUCCGGAGCACUGGCCUCCGUAAAUCACCUUCACUUUCAUUUGGUCUAUCUAAGACAUCCGAUUUACAUUGAACAAGUCAAUUUGAUCCCGCUGGCCAACGGAAUCUUCCGGCUGGACGACAGCUGCCCGGCCCGUGGCUACUGUCUCGUUCUGGAAUCGGGUAGCAGCCGGGAAGUUCCCCGAUUCGUCAACCGACUGUUCCGAAUCAUCCAAACUUUGCUAGAGCACAACGUAGCCCACAAUCUGUACCUAACGCGGCGAACACCGGACAGUGCCCUCAGAGUGUUUAUCUACCCUCGGCUACGAUUGUGCGAGAACAAACAGAUUGCCCCCUUUAAUGUGGCCGGCUUCGAGAUGAGCGGAUUCGUGGCCGUCGGGGAGGAAUCGAUAUUCCGCCGGCUGGACGAACAGCUCCUGCAGGACUACUUCCGGGAGGCGCAGGAGCAGACCAGCUCGAGUAAUCUGUACGAAACGCUGGACCCACUGCUGCUUGUGGGAACUAGUUGAUCACGGACUUGCGUUCUAAAUUUAUUGACCUAGAGUGCUAUUUUAUUAACCUUCUGAAACGGGUAUUCCUUAAGUUGUGGGCCAUGAAAAUGAAUUGUUUUGAACAGUGAUUUUUAUAAGAUUUUAAUCUCAAAAGGUGAUGAUAGAAGAAGCUGUUUUAUAACUAUCCUUAGUAACUUUUCUAGAAGUAAAAAAUUACGUUUCAAGAAAGUUA